GUCGGAUUUGUAACUUUUUUGUAUAUAAAAUUGCUACAAAAAGAAACCAAGUGUUAUCUCAGCAGGUUUUGAGGAACAUAUGUUCUUUGACUAAGUACAAUGAAUAAGGCUAGGUGGGUAGUUGAAAUAAUUAUUUUUAGCUGGGUUCAGUGUUCUAUUUAUGCGGACUAUAUUCUAACGGAACCCGUCAGGACGACCAAAGGAUUUGUUCAGGGCAAGUUAGUGAAUACUGUUGGUAAGAAUGUUCGCUACUCGAGUUUCCUGGGAAUACCUUAUGCAAAACCACCACUUGGCUAUCUCAGAUUUAAGCCUCCACAAGAAGCCGAUGCAUGGACAGGAAUCUAUCAGGCAACGGAACAUAAAAAUGAUUGUCCGCAAUUGAAUAUUAUCAAUGGGUCUGUUGUCGGAAAUGAAGACUGUCUUUAUUUGAAUGUUUAUACACCGAAAAUCCAGGACACAAAGGUACGGCCGGUAAUGGUUUGGAUUUACGGAGGAGCUUUUGACAGCGGGUCUAGUAGUCCAGAGUUAUAUGGGCCCGAUUUUUUAAUUGAAGAAGACGUGGUGGUCGUUGCGUUGAAUUAUCGCCUUGGAGCAUUGGGGUUUCUGUCUCUCAACCACAGAAAUGCUACCGGGAAUGCCGGCUUGAAGGACCAAAACUUUGCGCUUCAGUGGGUUAGACAAAAUAUCAAUAAUUUUGGUGGAGAUCCUAAGAGAGUUACGAUUUUUGGACAGAGUGCUGGUUCUGUUUGUACUUUGUACCAUGUGCUUUCCAAUUCAUCAGCUGGAUUAUUCCAGUCAGCGAUAGCUAUGAGCGGAUCUCCUUUGAAUCGCUGGGGGUUUACUCCUCUACCCGAAGCAGUAUCUCGCAGUUUCGCUAUUGGGAGAUACCUCGGAAUAAAUACAACAGACACUUCAUUAAUGUUGCAAAAAUUUUACACUAUUUCUGCAUAUAAUUUUGUUCUGGCUGUGGCCAACCUCGCAAAUCUUACCGUACCCUACAUGACUCCGACAAUUGAAGAUCCUACAAUAGCAGAGUCUCCAUUUCUUACCAAAUGUUCGGUAGAUAAAUUUAAUACCGGGAAUUUCAGUCAGGUACCGAUUAUCAUGGGAAUGACGCACACAGAAACGCUUUCAUACAUCGGAUUUAGUAAAUCUUUUCGGGACGGAAUUAUUGACGGCUGUCUCGAAUGCAUGAGGGAAUAUCCCGACUUACGACAUACGGAACAGGUUCAAUUUUUAUAUGACGUUAAGACUCGCAGUAAAAACAAUGACUCGUUUACUAUUGUCGAGCUUAACAAAAUAUCUAACAUAACAUCCGACAUCUCAUUCAAUGACGGGAUUGACCGAACCCAGCAAUUUCUGGCAGCAAGUUCAGCGCCAGUUUACUACUAUCGCAAUUCAUUUGAUUACCCGACAUGCAUUCAUAGAAUCCUGGGUAACAAACUAGAUGGUGUUGGGCACGGCGACGACAUUCUGCAAAUAUUUUGGGUGCCACAUAGAUACCAAUCGCUUGAUACGAACAGCGGCAUUGGAAUCCAGCGAAGAAAAAUGGUUAGGAUGUGGAGCAACUUUGCUAAGUACGGUAAUCCGACGCCCAAUGGAACGUCGGAUCUGCUUUUGAAUAUAAACUGGCCAGCAUCUGGAUCCAAGGGCACGUGUUUAGAGAUCAAUAGCCGACUCACCGUUGGAUCCCGACCAACUAAUGAUUUUGUAAAAUAUAUUCAAAGUCAAAAAGAGCCAUCGCUUAGAAAUGAAAACGGAUUAAAUUACUACAGCUACGCAAUUAAUUUUUAUCAGUAUACUAAUUAUUUGUGUCACAUCGCGAACAAUAUUUCUAAGCAUUCAUACAGUGCACAAUAUAUUUCAAUAAGAAUUCAAAAAAUUAAAUCGACGCUUACUUUUUAUUUUAUUAUUUAUUGCCAUGCUAAUAAAUUAACAGAAGUAACAAAAACUACAAAGGGAUCUGUUGUGGGUAAAAUAUCUAAAACCGUCGAAAAAAAUAUUGAAUACUCUGUUUACUUUGGAAUUCCUUUUGCGAAGCCACCGCUUGGUAAUCUUCGAUUCAAGCCUCCAGAAGAAGUUGAUUCGUGGACUGGUGUCCUAAAUGCUACGAAGGAACCAAAUCUAUGUCCACAAAUGAACCCAGUACAGAAUUAUACUUAUGCCGGAGAUGAAGACUGUCUUUAUCUUAAUGUUUAUACCCCUAAAAUUAAUUCAAGUGACACUAGUAAACGAGCUGUUAUGGUUUGGAUUUACGCUGGAGCUUUUGUAUUUGGAUCGAUCAGUCCAUCGCUGUACGGGCCGGACUAUUUAAUUGAAGAAGAUGUCAUAGUGGUCGCGGCGAAUCAUCGCUUAGGAGCUUUAGGUUUUCUGUCUCUAAAUCACGAAAAUGCGACUGGAAAUGCUGGCCUGAAGGACCAAGUGUUCGCUCUUAAAUGGGUGCAAGAAAAUAUCGAUAAUUUUGGCGGUGAUCCAAAUAGAGUCUGCAUUUUCGGUGACAGUUCUGGAUCUUCGUCCGUGGGGUAUCUGGUUCUUUCCGAUAUAUCAGCAGGUCUUUUUCAAUCCGCAAUCAGUAUGAGUGGAACUCCUUUGAACACUUGGUCCUUCGAGCCACUGGUAUUUGCGGAAUUGCGCAGUUUCUUAUUAGGACUCGCACUAGGAAUUGUUCCUCUCAGUAAAUCAGAUCUUCUAGAAGGUUAUUACAAAAAGUCCGCAAAAGAUAUCGUUAUGGCAACUGAUAAAUUUGUUUCCUUCAAUGUGUUGUCAUAUGCGCCGACAAUUGAGGAUCCAAAAAUCGCCACCAUGCCAAUUAUUACAGAAUGUUCAAUAAAAAAAUACAAAACUGGUAAUUUUACUAAAGUGCCCCAGAUAAUUGGAUUCGUUAAAUCAGAAACGUUAUCAUUUGUAAUAGAAGGAGCGGAUAAAUUUUCCAUAGUCAAUUCAUUUCUUCAAACUCUGUUUGAUUUGCCGAUACUGCGGCCAUUUAAGAACAUCGACGUUCUGACGAGUUUAACAGACUGGAUUCUGGGAAAAUUUAACGUUGUUGUAGACAAUACUCUUUAUGGAGUGACCAACGUAACGUCAGACUUAUUAUUAAUUUUUGACAUCGAUCGAACCCAACGAUACUUGGCUGCAAGCGAAGCACCAAUUUAUUAUUACCGCAAUUCCUUUGAUCAUGAAAACUCCAGACACAAGAAUGACGGAUCUACAUUAAAUGGAACCGCGCAUGCCGAUGAUGUGUUUCAAAUUUUCUGGCCCUCGCUCCCCAAUUUCAGUCAACCUCGGGAUACCAAAAGUCGGCUGGGGAUCCAACGACAGAGGAUGGUUAGAAUGUGGACGAAUUUCGCUAAAUACGGGAACCCAACACCCAACGGAACAAUGGAUCCUCUGCUAAAUAUCACCUGGCCGGUUUCUAAUGCAGACGGCAGAUGUCUUGAAAUAAAUACCAAUUACACCGUAGGUCCACGGCCAGUUGGUUUUUUAGUUGACGCAUUACAAACGGUACUGAGUCCACUGCUCGGUUUCUUCUCAGGGUGUAGAAUAUAACUUAUAACCGUGUUUUUUUACAAACUAAAUACAGUAUUAAACAUUCACCCAAUGAUGAAUUUAACGUAUACUCCUUCUCAAUCCCCUCCUAUUAGUAAUUCUAUAUUUUUAAUACGAGAAUUAGUGAUGUCAAGUGACCGUUGUUUUGAGUUUUGUCAUCUUGAUGCCAGUCUGACUUUAAUACGAGAAUGUUGUGUGUAUGUGUGUGUGAAGGAAACUUCUUUCAGGGAACUUUAUCCAGUGACCAGAUGACGUUACUAAGAAUUCAACGGUCUAGAUCCGGUAUCCAGUAUAAAUAAAUGUCGCUGUUAAUAUUUGCAUGGCUGAUAAUAUACUGUUUCGUACAUGCUUCCAAUUUAUUAUUUCCGUAACUCGUUACAUUAUUUAAACUAGAUUUAACGAGCAAU